CCAGUCAGUCUUUAACACAACUGUGGCUUGGCAGGAAAAUGCACCGCUACCACCCGCGAAUUUCUAAGAGAACAUAGCACAUUGGCUUUUUGCGCUAACAGCUCUUGUUUAAUUGAAUUGACGCCCGUUCUCAAACCACCUCUGGUGACCCCGAAAACGUCGUGUCUCAUCUCCCCAACCUAGUUAGAUAUGCGGUGACCUCACGUCCCACUAAGCAAUUUUCUGUCCGCGAUGGACGCCUACCCUGAAGAUUAUGUUGUCCACAACCUUCCCUUCGUCCUACUCUCUGGCCUUGAAACAGACUCCGAAAAUGACUUGGGAUCGAGCUGCCCUAAUUAUCCCCUUCUUCACGAGAGGGGUGUCCAUAUAUACUCAGACUUCCCGCCGCUAAGCGGCUCAACCGCGGAAGAAUUGCGGAAGAUACUUCUGGCGGAAGAUGCGUCGCGAGCUCCGUGGGAACCUAGUGAUGACAUCCUUGCCAAAUUCGCCGGGUUUGAGUACAAAAUAAAGAGUGUUGGACGGUCUUACAGACUUCCCCCGCGUAAAGCUGACCCCCCACCUGUAUCCCCUCCCCUGAGCCCAACCGGACAGGAUAAUGACAUGCCGCAUGCGCCAUACUUUGUGCUGCACUCCCCAAUAUCUCCGCUAUCACCGGGCUCUCCAACAUUUUCAGAUGGUCUACUCACCCCGCUAUGGGUUACAAAACACCAAAAUCUGGUCCCAGCCGCCGUGAUAAAUUUCUUUCCCUUUUGCCUAGAUCCUAAUAUGAGUUCCUUGCGAGACAACCAGCUGAAGAUAGAAGUCAAUGGCCUGAAGAAGGAGUGGUCAUCCUCGGGCUAUAAGACCCGAUUCAUAGUCGUCUUCCUUUCGGAAGAAAGUCAUGGUGCCUUUACUGAGGACGUCGAUGACCGGGUGACCGGCAUCCGCAGAGCGACAAAUCUGGACCAGAAAUCUAUCUUUCUCCUCCCACCUGACGCAACGUCUGGCGAACUCAAAGAGUUUGGAAAGUCCCUCCUGUCACUGCUCCAACCGUCGCUGACGGAGUACUAUCGAGAUUUGUCUAAGCACGCCAGAAGGAAGCGAAAUCGAAGCAGUAUCCCGCCCCCAACGGCUCCACCGACAACAGGAACGUCCCAAACAUUGUCUCUCCAGGGAUGGAAUGUCAGGUACGAAUUCAAGAUGGGAAUAUUCGCGGAGUUCAGGCAAGAGAUAGAUGCAGCCCUUAGGAAUUACGAAAGCGCAUACGAGACUUUGUUCGGGCAAGAGGUCUUCGAGAAUAUUGCUGGCUGGAGCCCAAGGUUCAAUGACGCACGUCUUCUAGCAGAUACCAUAGCCGUGCGCAUUAUUCGCUGUUUGCUAUGGAUGGGACAAACCGCUGCAGCGGUGCGGUCAUGGGUUGAACAUCGGAGUCGCUCACAGGACAUUAUCAAUCGUAGAGGUAAAGGAACAAGGAACUAUGGAUGGGAGGCUUGGGAAGCCAGAUGGUCAACGGUAAUGGCACAGUUGAUCCGCCAAGCUACUAUUCCUUACUUCACCUCAGUCGGCAUCACACAGGAUCAGUUCAACGAACAGUAUUCGAUUUUUAUUCCUCGAGAAAAGACAGUCCCCCCUGGAGAUGCGUUAUAUCCGUGGGAGCAAUUACACCAUGAGGGUUAUUGGCUGUAUCGAGCAGCAAAGCAUACAAUGCAUCGACGAAACCUAGUAGAGCAAAUCCCGGAUGAAGACAGGAUCCCGCCUGGACAGUCUCCUGCUUCCCAGAUAGCGAAAGCUGCACUAGAUGAGUUUUCGAAGCGUGGCCAGGUACGGAAGACUGAAAGCCUGAGGUUGGAGAUAGCGGAAGAACAUAUGCGGAUGGGUUCCUGGACUGAAGCUUAUGGUAUCCUUCAACCGCUGUGGUCAACUAUCACCUGGCGCCAUUCGGGCUGGUGGCCGCUCAUGGAAAAGCUUGGAUGGGCAUUGAGAGAGUGUGCUGUACGAGUGCAAGACAGCGAAACAGUUCUACGGGUGGACUGGGAACUACUCAAUAAGGCAUUUCAACCAAAACCCGACUGGCAAUACGACAUCCAUAGAAGUCUUGAAGGUCUGCCCUUAGUCACACCUAAACCAUCUAUUGUUCUUAAAGCGGAGGAUAUACUGUCAAGUGUUACGGCGUCUUUUGUUUUCGAAAAGCCCGAAGGAAAUGUUGGCGAGUCAUUACGUGGCCAGCUUGUUAUAGCAUCAUGCGCCCAGAGAUCAUCAAGCCCCAUUAGACUUUCUGAAGUUAAGAUCGCAUUUGAAGGCUGCCUACGUCCUAUGAAGUUACAAUCUAACCACGCGGCUGAAACGGAUGCAACAGCGCCUUGUACAAUAGCGUCGCCGUCCUUACGAGAACCGAGCGCCUCAGGUGAUACAGCGUCCCUCCAGUCUCCCAUUACUUUCUUAACACCACUCAUUGGAGCUGUCGAUUUGACCAUCAGCCCUUCUCAAACGAAGGUCUUCAAUCUGGCUUGCAUCCCUCGGGAAGCCGGAGAGUCUCGGGUUGCAUCGAUAACUCUUCUGAUUGAAGAAGAGAAAUUCGACCUCACUUGUGUCAUGACGGACUUGGCCCAGCAUGAAUCUUUUUGGUGGCAACAAACCAAGAAUAGUGUGGUCCGAAGGCGGGUAGGCAAGAAUCGUGACACUGGCCGAUGUAAAAUAAUGCCUAAACCACCCAAGAUACGAAUCACAAUGCCCAACCUUAUGGAUACUUACUACACGAAUGAACGAAUUAUCCUCAAGAUUGCCAUUCAUAAUGGGGAAGAUGAGACUGCAGAUGUUGUGGCCGAGGCUAGACUUUUUGGUCGAUCGGAUUCUGCAGCCAAGAUUCUAUGGCUCGAUGAGGAAGACUUACCAGAGGCACAGGGCUCCGAGAGGAGCACCCCAGUGGAAGGCGUUUCUCAUUUUAUCAAGAGGCCUGUUGGUGUUAUGGAGACUGCUUCCCAUCGGGAACUAGAGAUUGUUCUCACAGACACGCGCGACGCUUCAGAGUAUGAGCUUGAGAUAUCAUCCGUAUAUAACCUCGUAUCUGAUACUCAAACACCGAUCAUCGCGACCCUGAGAGUGAAUCUACCAAUUGUACGACCGUUCGAGGCCAACUAUGAAUUUAUACCACGUCUCCACCCGCAACCAUGGCCGGGUUUCUUUACCGUCGAUGACGAAUUGCUAGAGAAUGACACAACACCGAAAUCCCGGGGCUUACAGCAGCGGUGGUGCCUUAACUCCAAAGUUGUCUCUUUCUCAUCGAGGCCGCUUGUUAUCGAAAAGAUGUCGUUAGUGCUCCUUGGACUUGGUGGGGGCACCACCUGCAACAUUAGCCCUGAAGUGAUGGCUAGUCCAGGCGGAUCGGAGAUCCAUUUGGAGGAGCUUCGCGAAUCCGACUUUACGGUGGAUAUCCAAAAGGCAAUUCUAGGUGACCGGCGACCCGCAGCUUUGAACCUAGCUCUUGAGAUCCAAUGGCGUCGGAGCGCAACCGACGAAAGUGAGCCGACUCUGGGCGGUAACAGUACCACGACAUCUACACUUGCGGUCCCUCGUUUUGUUGUCCCCUGGGGGGAACCACGCGUUCUUGCCUCGGCAAUGGCCUCUAAGAUACGUUCUGGGCUAAUCCAUUUAGACUACACCAUAGAAAAUCCGUCGAUGCACUUCCUUACCUUCAAUUUGACCAUGGAAGCAAGCGAAAAUUUCGCCUUUAGUGGUCCGAAGACGAUGGUCGUUCAGCUGGUGCCUCUGAGCCGGCACGCAGUUCGGUACAAUCUACUGGCAUCCAAACGGGGGCUGUGGAUACAGCCACAGCUGCUCGUCGUGGAUACAUACUUCAACAAAACCCUUCGUGUGCUCCCUACAGAGGACAUGCGGUCAGACAAGAAUGGGCCCUUAGUAUGGGUUGAUGCUGACGACUAAAUCACGGCUUCCAUAGGGGCUUUUUUUUAUUGUUGGCCUUGGUGGUAAUGACGGGUGCUCGCUACGUCUUGCGAUAACAAUCAGUAGCAUAAUUUGAGCGAUACUGG